AUUGGUCUAAUAUUGUCUAGGAAUAUAUUUAUUAUUAAUCUAUAAUAUAUACCUUUAUUUUUUAUUCAUUAAUUCCAAUUAAUUAGAAUAUAUCCUAUUCUAAUAUCGUCCAGGAUUAAUUCCCAUGAUGGCAUCAGAAGGUUAUGUUUGUUCCUUAGAUUCAUCAACAAAAUUAAAAGUGACGAUAUUUUUAUAUCGUGAUGUUCAGAAUAUAUCAGAUAUUAAACAAAAGUUGUUUAGUGGCGAAAUACAAUGUUGUAUUAUGAAGGCAAAUUUGAUAUGCUCACCUAAUAUUGUAGUCUCCGCUGCAAAUAAAUCUGCGAUGAUGGAUUCUCAAAACACCCUUACAACGAAAUCAAUUUAUACAGAAAUUCUUUACAACUUGUCACCUUCGAGGAAUAUCACAGACAGUUUGAUGAAGUUUGGUAUUGACGAAAAGCACAAACAUAUAGUUGUAGCAUUUAUAAAUAAUGUAGAAGACGCUGCCCCAUUUGAUAAUGUUUUGAAUGCUAUAAAUGGAGAACAAAUACAUAUAAACAAAUUACAUGAAUAUAGUGAUUUAACAUUAAUUAAAAAAGUUUAUAAAUUGUCUGAAACAGAAUUGCUUGUAUCUAGUUUAGAAGAUAGUGUUUUAAGUAAAUUAAGUAUUAAGGAUUUUUCUUAAAAAUUAUUAUGUUAUUUAUAUCUUUAUGUAA